AUGAAGCUUCUCAAUUGCAAAACCCGCCAGGUCGAGGACUUCUGCGGCACCUCUAUGCCUGCUUCUUACGCUAUCCUGUCACACCGAUGGGAGAGUGACGAGGUUACCUACCAAGAUCUCCACACCCCGGAGCUCGCCACGAGGAAGGCUGGCUGGACCAAGAUUCAAAGUUUGUGUCGAGUAGCACUCAAGUACGGCCAUUCACAUGUCUGGAUUGACACUUGUUGCAUCAACAAACAAGAUCUCACAGAGCUUAACGAGGCUAUCAACUCGAUGUUCAAGUGGUACGCUGGUUCUGCAGUCUGUUACACUUAUCUAUCCGACAUCGAGGAUGGAGACCCAAUGGACCACUCCCUUUGGUUCACCCGUGGAUGGACUCUACAGGAGCUGAUCGCCCCUCCUCGAAUGGUUUUCUUCGAUCGCAAUUGGAAACCGAUUGGAACCCGCGGCCAGUUCCGUAAAAGAAUACACAGGCGCACACGCAUCGAUGAAGAGAUGCUCGACGACACAGCCUCGCCCCGCAACAACUCAUCCAUCCUUUUUCGAAUCCCGGUAGCACGCAGGAUGUCGUGGGCUUCAGGCCGCAAAACGAGUCGAGAAGAAGAUCGUGCUUAUAGCCUACUAGGUAUUUUCGGCGUUAACAUGCCAAUGUUGUAUGGCGAAGGUAGUCGGGCGUUUCUUCGUCUUCAGGAGGAGAUCGCGAAGACAACCAACGAUUUAUCUUUGUUUUCGUGGACGACUUCGAUAUUGAAUGAUCCAUUGGAAACCCCGGGGUUAGACACAUCUUUGGGAAAGCCAACACCAACAGGGCGGCUUGGGGAAGAACCCGUAGGGCCUCGUGGGAUUUUCGCCACAUCACCCGAUGAGUUUCACUUGUCCCAUGAUGUUGUGUCAAGUAGAGACAUCAAGUACAAUCCUGAGUUCACUGUGACUAACAAGGGGGUAAAAAUUGCUAUCGAAGCUACACUGUCAGCAGGAAAUAUCUGGCGCAUCUCGCUUGGGUGUCGCAAAGCUAGUAGCAAGCCCCGACAGAACAUGUGCAUCCUUCUCAGAGAACUAGGCGGCGGCGUGUUUGUGAGAUGGCAUGCCAAUGUCUGCAUCCACGAACCAGGCAAUGACCAAGGUUUGGAGACUACAUUUUACGUCAUGAAGUCCGUCAACGUGGACACAGAAGCAACGAUUACUUCUCAGCUUGAUAGUGCAUUCCGCCGCUCAUUCAAAUUUCUCGAUAAAAAGAACAUCCUCAAAUUUCGAAAGGCCAAGCCCAUACGCAACUGGAGCCCCAGAGGGGCCAUGUUCGUCACUGAAGGCCUGGACACCUUCGUAGGAGUUGUCUCUUGCACAUUCAGCGACAUGCCCUGGAAGCUGGAAAUCUUCUUCGAGUCAAAGAGCUCUGCCUUGGUGAUGAGAGUCGUAUUUUCUGUUACGGCAUACGCAAAGAUGUGA